AUGGCAUGUGGGAAUCUUCUGGCCAAGCACCCAAGGCACACAAAUUGUCGUCAGCGUUGUUCUCCUCUGUUCCUGAAAGGGCCACAACUUGUGGCCUUGGUUGGUCCAAUUGUGGUUCAGCUUGACGCCAAUCUAUUCCAUAUUCUGUCUGAGGCCGAGUUGGCGAUGAUGUUUUGGCGUUACUGCAGAUGGAUGCUUCACGACUCGGCCGACUUCAAGCACAUGGCUUCUAAGCAUACACUGCGCUUGAUGCAACGGUCAAGCCUUUCGGGGAAAACAAUCCAAGUGAUUCCGCUCGGAUCGUGA